AAAAAUGGAAGAAUCACCAGCAACAGCUGAACCUCUAAUUUAAUGUAAGAUAUUUUUCAUAGCAGUAGUAACUCUAGGUAAUAAUGUAGAACCAGAGAACAAAACUAUUUACAAUUUUAUGGAUAUAACUAAAGUUCAUAGCGGAUCUGAUCUAAUUGAAGCUGCAAAAAAAAAUAAAAUGCCAAUAUUAAAUGCAUCUGUAGACACUGUGCCAAAUAUUUACGACCUUGAAGAUAGCGAAAAACGAACAGUCUUGCAUUAUUUAGCAUUAAAUUCUAAUUCAUUUAUAUUUAAUAGGCUUUUGAUUAAAUUUCAGUCUUAAGCAAAAGAAUGGUUGUAAAAAUAAGAUAAAUAUGAUCUUUAAGCCAUUCAUUAUUUUAUUUAUUCAGGUAAAAUUGAUAUGCUAGAUGAAAUAUCUAGAUAUUAUAUUCCCAAAAAUCUAUUAGGAAUGGCUGCAAUUAAAAAUGAUGUUUUGACAAUGAUACUAAUUAGAGAAAAGCUUAAGGAAGAAACUUUUAAAAAUAAAUAUCAAGAUGCUGUCACACCUUUACAUUUAGCUUGCUCUACUAAAAGUGAUUAUGCUGCUAUAGUUCUGAUGAAAUGGAAGCAUCCAAUAAAUAUUUAAGAUGCAAAUGGAAAUACACCAUUGCAUAUUGCUGCUUUGAAUAAUAGUUAUAAAUUAAUAAGAAAAUUAAUUUAAAGAGGUGGAAGCAUUAAUAUUAGAAAUAAAAAAGAUUAGUUACCAAUAGAUUUGGCUGAGGAUUACUAAACUCUUGAUGCUUUAAAAUCAUUUCGAUUUUCUUGGAAAUCUCUAUUACUUUAAUUAAAUUUGAAACCAAGUAUCAACUAUUAUAUUUAGGAAAAAGAUCAUAUAUGUAGUCUUUAAUAUUUUUAUUAUUUUUUUCGAUCACAAAUUUUGGGACUAUAUUCUUGGUUUAAAAUUCAACAAACAAAGACUAAAAUACAGGAAGUUUUAUUAUGUUCAUAAUAAUUGUUACAUUAUUUUUCAUCUGUUUUUUAUUGGUUUCAUAUUCAAAUCCUGGAUAUGCUAAUACAAAAGACGAGUAUUUAUUCAUAUAAUAAAAUUAGAUAAAAUUUGAAGUCUUUAUUAAAUAAAUUGGAACCUUUUGAAAUUUGUUACGAUUGUUUUAUUUAAACUCCUGAUAGAUCAAAGCAUUGUGAAUUUUGUAAAAGAUGCGUUAUUAAAUAUGAUCAUCAUUGUCCUUGGGUUAAUAAUUGCGUAUUAUAUAAUUACUUUAUUUUUAGGUUGGAAAUGACAAUUAAUCAAUAUUUUGGUUAUUUCUUUUAUUCUUAUUUCUUGAUUUUCUUUUAAUAAUAAUACUUGGAAUUUUGGCAUUGACAGAUUAAAAUACAAUGGAAAAUAAUAACUUUACAAUUUUAAUUAUACUAACUAUCAUUGAAUUUUUGUUUAUGAUUCCAUUAUUAAAUUUGAUACUCACAUAGAUAAGAAAUUAUUAUUCUGGUUUAACAACAUAUGAAAGAUUAGUAUUAGGAAAACCUUCUACAAAAAAAAGAGAAUCCAUAAUUUAAAAGAUGUCAAUUGUUUAAUAAGGAUGA